AUGAACACACGCAUCCAAGUCGAGCAUACGGUGACAGAGAUGACCACGGGAAUUGAUCUGCUCAAGGAACAGAUCCGGCUAGCAUGGGGUGAAGAACUCGGAUAUGGUCAAUCGGACGUGGAGGUGAACGGACAUGCCAUCGAGUGCCGGAUUAAUGCAGAAGAUCCCGAUAACGGUCUCACCCCUUUCCCCGGGAAGGUUGAAGCAUAUCUGCCGCCGGGGGGAAUUGGCAUCCGCGUAGAUGGUUACCUCUAUCCCGGCUACGUUGUGCCGCCCUAUUACGAUUCCUUGGUCGCAAAACUGAUUGCCCACGGUAGAGAUCGAGAGGAAGCGAUUGCGCGCUAUGAGGCGGGCUUUGGAUGA